GCCUCAGCCAGAGUUUGAGUUCUGAAGCCGUCGAUCUCUUAGUAUUGUGACGGCAUUCAUGGGCUGCGGAAGUGCCACACGUGUCCUUGUACAUCGGUGUAUAGUCAUAACGUCAGGCAAGCUAAACAAAAAAAAAAGGAAAACUAAAAGUAAGCUGAGAUAAAGCUGAACAGACAGUAAAAAUAUUGCUCAGCCAGAGCAAAAGUAGCAACGGCAACAAUCUGAAUGCUACUGGCAGUGUUUAGAUCAAAUAUUUCAUUGGCGCGAGGCUAUAUUGCUUGGAAAAAAGUAAAAGUUUAAGUAAGCAUAAAAUAAAAUAAUAACAAAAUAGCAAAAAAACACAAAAAAAUAGCAGCAGCAACAGCUACAGCAAAUGGCGCAUUAUGCUGCUGGACACGCUGCUGCAGCAAUAGUAACAUUAGCGGCAGCAACACGAACGCGUACGCCAACGGUGGCAGCAACAUCGGCACUUAAAUGCAGCAACAAGAAAAAUCAGCUGAAAACUGGCAAAUAAAACUCAACGACAGGCAAAAACUAUUAAAUCUCGCUGGAUGCCUGCGGCAAUAGUUAUUGUUAAGCAACACAGGCAGGAGAAGCAGCAGCAGCAGCGGCAACAACAUCGGCAGCAGGAGGAGCAGGAGCAGGAACAGGAGCAGGAGCAACGGAAGGAGCAACAUUGGGGAAAACAAAUUUGCAAUAUAAAUUUAUGCGGAUUUUUGCGUCGCAGCGGCGCCGACGACGACGUCGACGCCGAUGUCCUAGCAAUAGCAAUAACAAAUAUAACAGCAACAUCAUCGGGAGCAACAGCAACAUCAGCGGCAAAAGCAACAAGCCGGCGUACAGCAACAACUACAAAAAUAACAAAAACGACGGCGACGCGAACAGUUAUUAUAAUAAUGGCGUUAGUUGUUAGCAUAAUACAACAGCAACAACAACAACAACUACAACAACAAAAACAACAAGAGCAACAAUCGCUACUCUGGCCAUUCUAUAACGGACUCUUUGCUGCGGCUGCCGCCACCAGACAACCGGAUGACUCCAGUGUUGGGCCAACCCUGACGACAUUUUUGUCAUCAUCUGAAUCAGAAUCAGAGUCACUAUCGCCACCGUCAUCGUCGACGUCGUCGUCCUCGUCGUUGUCCUUUGCGGUGGCGAACGGACCACAAACGGAUGCCACGAAUCACACUUUCAAGAGUUUAGCCUUCCUGGACGCGUCCUUUGGCUCGGAUCUGUUUGCCCAUCAAGAAAAGGAGGGAAUAAGGGAGAUGCAAAGGAAGCGGGAGAGGGAGAAGAUGAAGGAGAGGGAAAAGGACACGGAAACGAACUCAGACACAAACCCGGACUCGGCGCAGUCGUUGCCAAUUUUUGACUUUGGCAUGCCGCGCAACAUCACCGGACGCACUGGCCACACGGAGGCCAUAAUUAAAUGCCGCGUGGACAGCCUCCAUGAUAAAUCGGUAUCCUGGAUACGGAAACGUGAUCUGCAUAUCCUGACCGUUGGAACGGCCACCUACACCACCGACAAGCGGUUCCAGGUAACUGAAUCGAAGGAUUCUAGGGAGUGGACCUUGCAUGUAAAAUCCCCGCAAGCCAAGGAUACUGGAAUCUACGAAUGUCAAGUGAACACAGAGCCCAAAAUGUCCAUGGCAUUUCAGUUGAACAUCAUCGAAAUCUCCCCCGAUGCCAAAGCUGUUAUCAGUGGGCCGCACGAUUUGCAUUUUAAGGCAGGCAGUGCAAUUAUCCUGAAUUGUGUGGUGCAACAGCCGUCGGUGAAGGAUAUUGGACCGAUUUACUGGUAUCGUGGCGAACACAUGAUCACCCCCUUCGAUGCGGAUGACGGGCCGGAGCCGGUGGUUCCACCCAGGAGCAGAGACCGGACGUUGGACGGGCCCGAGGAUGUGUCGCCCAAUGACAUAAUGAGCGAGGUGGAUUUGCAGAAGGAGUUCGCCACACGCAUCGCCAUGGAAUCGCAGCUGGGGGAUACCCUCAAGUCCAGGCUCCGCAUCUCGAAUGCCCAGACCACGGACACCGGCAACUACACGUGUCAGCCAACGACGGCCAGCAGCGCCAGUGUUCUGGUUCAUGUGAUUAAUGACGAGAAUCCAGCUGCGAUGCAGAAGAGCGGGGCGUCCGCCCAGGAUCCACGUCAGCUGGUACCGGUCCUUAUGUCGCUGAUACUGCUGAUGCUCCUGACACCGCCGAUGUCGGAGGAGUAGCUGCUGUUAGCGGUAUUGACUGUUUAGCAACUGAAACUCGAAAGUUGUCACAGAAGCAGAAAAUUAUGUUCCAUGACUUUGGCAUUUUCUCAGUGGCCUCCUGCCCCGCUGAGAGAUGGUUUUCUUUGUUAGAAGAGCUCUGGAAAAAAAUAAAACUGUGGAAAAUAGAAGGAAAAUGUUUAAGGCAAACACGCUCGCCGGCGAAGCAUGGCGAGGCAAGGCGAGUGUUUGUUUCCCUUUUUUAAUAUUUACAUUUCAUUGUGCAAAAUGAGACACUGAGCCGGGCAAUGCAAUGCCAAAUGUAAAAUGUAAAAUGCAAGAGCCGGAGGAAGGACACGGAAAAGGACACAGACACAGUAGCUGAGGCAGAAGCAGAAGCAGAAGGAUGACACUCUUUGUAAAUACCACAAGGAUGCGGCACAGUAACAUAUAUACUAUAUAUACCAUUUGGAUACUUACGUAUAUAUACAUAUAAAAAGUGUGUACUUUAUUUUAUUUCAUUAUUGUGGCUUCUGACAAAGGAGCCGCCCCACACGCAUCGACUUUAUAAACAUUUCAUGCUGUCUUAACAGAGAGCCAAGCUAACCAAAAAUAAAAAGUGAAUAAAUUAAAAGAAAAAGUAAAUCAGAAAAAUAAAAAACGAAACGAGAGUUGCACACUGACACAAAUUAGUAUGCAAUCCCACAAACACGCACUCAUCUUAAAGAGCACAGGGAGAAUCUUAUACAAUAAGUUUAAUAUUUUCGCUCCCCUAAAAAUAUUCCUUUAGUUUUUCUCUGUGCAUCCACUACCCCAAAACAAAAUUGUAAUAUAUAUAUGACACACCCAAAAGGCUCUCAUCUGAUCAACUAAAAGCGGAAAAAGACCCAACUUAAUUAUAAAUACUAACUUGUAUGGAAUUUAUUUAUGGGCAAAAAUGAAAUUUAGUCACGCCGUGCUGGCAAAGCAUAUGGAAAAUUGAAUCGAAUCAAAUAAAAGCGAAAUGUGAGUUGCGAAAUAAAAUCAAUUGCAUAUUCCAGCAUGCUCGACUAACCAUUUUUUGCCCAUGAAUUUGUGUAGCGAUGUAUUACUAUGGGUAGGCAUGAAUUUACUACACGUAAGCCAGUAAGGAGAUUUUAGAUAAUUUAUGUGAUGACAAAGCAAAUUGAAUAAAUCAAUGGAAAUGGAAUUCUUUCAAAUAAUAAAAACCAAAA